AUGAAUGCGCAAAAUACGCAAAAUAUGAAGUUUACGAAGACUGAAACGGAAUAUAACAUGAAAUCUAUAAGAUUUCUGUUACUGUCAAUCACUACAAUGUUUAUUGUGAUCGCUGGGCUUAUGAUUGUCUUGGGCUUCUCCGUCUACAGCAACUAUCACUCGUUCGCAUUUUUCGAUGAAGACGCUAAAGUCGGCAAAUUCUUCACUCCCUCCGUGUUGACUAUUUUACUGGGAAUGUUCAUGCUUAUUGUGACCCUAUUUGGAUUCUUCGGUAGCUUGAAGAAAAGUACAUGCAUGGUUAAUUUGUAUGCAUUAAUUUUAUCAUUAAUGCUAAUAGUGAAGCUGGUCGCAGUAAUAGUAGCCUUCACAUUAGACGGCGAGACUUUAAAGAAUUAUAUUUAUAUACCAAUAUCGGAAUAUGCCUCGGAUCCAGAAAUUGAAAUGGAGAUCGACCGUCUCCAAGUUAGCCUAAAUUGCUGCGGAAGCAAUUCCUAUCUCGACUACGCUGGUAUGGACUUCUCAGCUAAUCACUCUACGGUAGUAGUUACGACUACUGUUGAUGUAGGCCGGAUAGAGUUGGUGGUGCCCGCAACUUGUUGUGUUGUGAGAGGGGACGAAUUUUGUACCACAAUGAGGGCAAACAGCUGUAAGAAUGCGUUGAUCAAUUUGUUUGUACAAAACGCAAGUGUAAUCGGAGUUUUAGGCGUCUCCGUAAUGUUUAUACAGUUACUUGGAAUAAUCUUCGCGUUGCUGCUAGCUAGAGUUAUCCGUAAAUAUAAGAGUGAAAAAGGCCUUAUAGCAUGGAACAUCAAGGAGCAGAUGAUCAUCACGCGUCAACAUGAAGAAAAAGGUGGAAAAGAAUGCAAAGAUCAAGAUGACGGCAUCUACAUUCCACAUCACGAGUGUACUACAGCU